AUGCGACGAAAUCUUCGACUCACAUUAGUCCUGCUAUUUCUAUUUAUUCUCUACAUAUCAACAUCACUGUAUAAUGGCACCUCGAAACUUCAAAGCACUGCCUACUCAGUAUCACGGCUGACAGAUAAUUUCUCGGUUUUUCUUCCCAUAACCUCAAAAUAUCGCGCAGCUAAUGCGAAAAUUCAAGGACGCAGGAAAAUUCAUCCCCAACACGCGCGAAAUUUAAACAUUCGAAUUCGUCCAAAAGUAAAAAUUGCGGACCGUCCGAAUGGCCGUGAACGUCCGACAAAGCAGCGAUAUGCUACUUUUGUAAAACGGGCAAAGAAAGGCACUUCUAAAACGUUGGACAAAAGUAUAAAAUUGUACAAGAAGAUUCCGAGUGCAUCGGAAAGUACAAGCGGUGUGCGUGUGAUUAUUGUCGCGCAUGGCAGGUCAGGGUCAUCAUUCUUUGGCGGGAUUUUCAACGCGCAUCCAGAUUUCUUCUUUAUAUACGAACCAUUAAAUCAAUUGAGAAGAAUCGUGGAAAGAAACUCGGAAGAGUAUAUCGACAGCGCAGAAUAUGUGGUUGACGCUAUUCUCAAUUGUAAUUUUGAAGAUGAUGGAUUCUUGGAAAUCAUGUCACGUGCUGGUCAUCACCGAGCCUCGUGCAGACCUCUCGUCUCCCCGCCAUUUUGUAACACCACUCAUGAAAAAGCAAUGAAUUUUGUCACAAAUCAAAACUGGGCGUUAUGCAAUGAAACAGUUUCUGCAGAUGAUCUAAACACAGUAUGUCGUAAACAUACGAACAUUGCCUCAAAAAUUCUUCUGGAAAGUAUAGAACCUGUUGAUUUGUCCUGGAUUUUGCACAUCAGCGGUUCAUACCCUGUCCCACCCUCAUCUCCGGGCCUUCAGUCCACCGUGCGUGCGCACGAGAUCAAGGUUAAGCCCGUUUAUGUAUUGUACUUAGUACGUGACCCAAGAGCGAUGCUGUAUUCUCGCCAUGUACUGGGCUGGAUUAUUCCACGCGAGCACAAUGAAUUCGCGUUCGAGAGUGGUGAAGCUGACGACAUGGUCAAGCAAACAUGUGAUACAAUCGAACAGAAUCUUGGGGCAGUUGUACGUCAUCCACACCGCAUCAAGUUGGUUCGUUACGAAGAGCUAGCGACAAAUCCCGAAGGUCUGGUUCGGAAAAUAUUCAGAGAACUUCGUAUUUCUCCGUCGAAAGAGGUAUUCAGAUGGAUUUAUAGUAAAACUCAUGGACCUGUAAAAUUAUCCGUACUUUCACUAUCGCGUAAUGCUAAUGUAUCGGUAAAUGCUUGGCGGAAAAAGAUUCCCGAUAAAUUACUGGAGAUCAUCGAGACGCGAUGUGAACGUGUCAUGAAGUACCUAGGUUACUUACCAAGUAACGGUUCUCAAGAAAUAUUGCGUGAUUUGCGCAAACCGCUGUACUUGAACGAAAUUAGGGAUUUGAAGGAGAGCUAUGAGUGGCCUACUUACAUGUAGCCUGAAAGAUGUUUCUCCUUGUUUUCUGACUUUUCUCCUUCAAGUUGCUGUUGUUUUUGUUUCUGCAUGUUUAUCAUUAACUCGCAUACUAAAAGUAAAACCAUAGUUAAUAGAAUAGAUGGUUUGGAAACUCAUUAGAAUAACAAUAUAACUCAUUAGUCAUUAUCUAUGUUGGUCAACGUUUAUUCAUCAAUCUGGUCCUUCACCGUCACGUGUGUAUAGUAUUGUAUUUUUGCCAAAUCCACCAAUAGCAAUUUCCAAUUUACCCUAUUCAGGAGCGUAGGAAGCAUCAAAAGAUUGUGUGAGGGGGCACCAGCUUCCAAGGGCACUUUUGGAUAUUGAACAAGGCACCUAAAAAAAAUUUCCCGCGGAAGGGGGAGGGGAAUUUUCUCGUCAUACCAUACCGAAAUUGCACGUUUUUGACCAAAUUUCUUUUUAAAACAUCGAAAUUUCCAAACAGAAAGGACACCUUUGAUGUUAAUUUAGUAUUUACAGCAACAUUAGCUUGUACAAUAAGAGCACUUUUCAUCACAAAAAAGGGCACUUUUAGUCCAUUGAAAAAAUUGGGGGGGGGGGCACGUGCCCCCUGUGCCCCCGGUUCCUACGCCCCUGACCCUAUUGUUCGAGUCACGGAUAGGUAACUUUCUUAAGACAUUGCUGUUGGUUAGUUGGGCAAAAAUACCAUACGCACGUCACGGUGAACGAAGAUAAUGAUUUAAAUUGUUAUUCUAAUGACUUUCCAAACCAUCUAUUCUAUAUUGACUAUAAAGCUAUUCGGCUAUGGUAAAACGAAAUUUCAUCCUCAAUUCGCGUAAUGCAGUGCUGUGGAACGAUUCAGGUUUUCAGAACAAAGUGCAGUUUACGGCUUUACGCUUCAUGAUCACAUGCUGACAUGCAGACUGCAGUUCUCCAAAGAAUAUAUUGCAUAAACGAG